UUAUAGGUGCCUUCAGCUUUUCCAGUAUAUUGACAUGUCUUAUAUCAAAGGUGACUUUUUGUUUUAACAGCUGAAAGCUGAUGUGGUUCCGAAGACGGCAGAGAACUUUAGAGCUCUUUGUACUGGUGAAAAGGGUUUUGGGUAUAAAGGAUCCACCUUUCACAGAGUGAUUCCUUCGUUCAUGUGUCAGGCUGGUGACUUUACAAACCACAAUGGCACAGGAGGAAAAUCCAUUUAUGGCAGUCGAUUUCCAGAUGAAAAUUUCAUACUUAAGCAUGUUGGACCUGGUGUUCUUUCAAUGGCCAAUGCAGGCCCCAAUACAAAUGGAUCUCAGUUCUUCAUUUGCACUGUCAAAACUGACUGGCUAGAUGGAAAACACGUUGUUUUUGGCUAUGUAAAGGAAGGAAUGGAAAUUGUAAAGAAAAUUGAGGGUUUUGGCACCAAGAGUGGAAAGACCAACAAAAAGAUUGUCAUUACAGAUUGCGGCCAGUUGUCAUAAACUUUUUCAUGUAGCUCAGGGGAACUUGGAUGCUGUGAAGAAAAAUGAUGAAGAAAGUAUUUCUGAUCUCACUUGGGGUCAUUUAAUUGCUGAUGUGAAACAUUCUUCCGAUCGUUCAGUAUGAUUGAAUAUACCCUGAUAAAAGUAGAAAUUUCAGACAUUCUAACAAAGAUCUCUGUACCUUAUUAUAGAACAGAGCUAGAGGGUUCAUAUUUUUUUUAUUUUAAAAUGGGUACAAGUUAAUAUUUAUAGAUUAUUUAUAAAUGAACAAGAGAUCUUAAAUUAUUAACUUUUUAAAAUAACCUGGUAUCAUAGCAGUUAUCAGGUCAAGCUUGACAGUGUGCUGAACUUCAAUUAUCCAGUGCUGUACAUGACAGCAAUAUGAACACCAAUUUUGCCAUAACUCAAGAACUGUAAGAAGUCUGUCACAAUUAUCUUGUGGUUGACCUGACUACUAGCAUGAUGAGUGCUUGUACCCUUCUCUGUUUCAAAUAAAUGUGAAUUUAGCAUUCUGUUGAUUAUAGUGAGGUGCUAUGAAAAAUUAACUUUUUCAGGCAUUCGGAUGAGUAAUAUAGUAAAGUAUAGUGUCAUUAUUUUCUCUUAAGUGGGGAUCAAAUGGAUCAAAUUCUGCAUUAAUUUGAAUUAAAGAUUGCCAUGUUUCACUGAUAUUUCAGUUCUGCCUGGAUGCAAGCUCAGUCAUGUUGAAUGUGCAUGCACAGGUUAACAUACUGUCUCUGUAAUAGCAAUGGUUAGAAUGUCCUUUCUGAAGAAGAGAGCCAAACUUGCAGUGCAGCUUAAAUCUGUGGAAUUGAUGACGGGUUUUCUUUUUUUUAUUCCUUCUGUUAAGAUAUUGUCUCAAAAUUAAUUGAUUGAAAUUGACUUCUAAACUUACUAAAUGAGUUUGGGUUGUAAGAACAUCACCAUCACUCCUCCUAGUUUGCUUGAUUUUUUAAAAACCACAAAUCAACCAAAACUGAUCAAUGGAGGCUUCCAUAGAGCAACUGUGAACUAACUUGAAAUUCAGUUCUAUUCUGAAACCACAAUAUGCCAUGACCUUCCUCAGGACAUACAUUUCUUUGUGUAUUCAGGAGUGUACCUACUCAUUCAAAUGGCAAAUACGCUUUGCUGAUUUCGUUUGUUUUGUUUUAUUUUUGAUCUGUUGACCCUGCAGAGCCAACUGAGUUUGGGACAUUAGGUGGAUUCUGUCUUCCAGUGCAUCAUCAUUAGAAGUAAAAAUCAGUCACUCAAGGGUCAUAUGGGGACCUAAUCGGAUCCAUGCUCAUUAUUGCUGGGGCUGAUGCUUCAAAAGGAAAAAUCCGUCUGGAUUGAUAAGGGUAGCAAGGGUUUGUAGGGUUGGCUGAAAGCAAUUGCAGCUGUUUUACUUCACCGGAACAUCUGGUAUGGACUCAUUGAGCAAUAAUGAACAACAAACCUUGCAAUGCUGUCUUUAAGAAUCUCUUUAGCCGCUAAAUACAAAACUAUUGGGAAAUUACAUUGGUACUUGGUAUGAUAAUUUUAUUAAUUAGGAACA